UUUUUUGGCUGCGCUGUCACCGUUCUGUCACCAUACCACAAGAGAAAAAAACCCUCCUCCUCCUUUGAAUAAAAAAAAAUUCUUCGAAAAACCGAGGUGCAAGCACAAAUCGAAUCGCGUGUUUCCUCAUCUAUUUUUUUUUGCCACGUAAAUUAAGGUGCAAAUUCAGGUCUCUAGUUAAGUUAAUAUAAACGACAUGAUUAUCUAUACAAACGAAGGUAAUCCUUUUGGAUUAAAUCUCUUGGUGUUGACGAAAUUCGCAAAGAAAAAUGCAUCCGUCAAAAAAAUUAACCUCAAUGAUCCAGCUAUAAAAGGUCUCAAACAAUUACCCAUUCUAGAACUUGAUUGUGGUCUGCAAUUAUUUUCAACAACUGCAGCAGCUAAAUUGCUAUUCCCUAACGAAGGCAAGUCUAGGGAUGAGUGGUUAGAAUGGUCAGCAACUCAAUUAGCUCCGGCUUUAGCCCACAACAUGGGCGUUGGCCAUCGAGCUGAUCCAAAUGCUCUGCCAGUUUUAAAUGCUUUGGUCAAGAAACUCGAUGACCGAUUGAAAGUGUCACCAUUCUUAGCCGGCGAUAAGAUAACCACAGCCGAUCUGUGUGUUUGGUGCCUAUUGGCACCCGAUGGAACACUCAAAGGUGCUCAAAAUAUCGAGAAUCUUCUUGUCUGGUACAGGAAGAUCACAGCUCUUCCUGAAAUCAAAGCUGCUCUCGAUGAACAGCCUCUGAAAGAGUUGAGUUUCAAUUCACUUCAGCAUUCGAAUCGGUUUGGAGGUCUUCACCAUGUCGUUUUAUCGACUCCUGGCGAUGAUUCCUCCAAGCUCCUUGCUGAAAGUGGAGGAAAUAUCGCGGAAACUGUAACGGAGGAGGAAAAAGAGGCUGCUGGAGCUGCAUUUGUGUUCAAUAAAGUCAACCCACGGAAGGAACCACGAACUGUGUUGCCCAAAAAGGGAGAGCGCAAUGUCUUAAUCACGUCGGCUCUGCCUUAUGUGAAUAAUGUCCCUCAUUUGGGAAAUAUCAUUGGUUGUGUUCUUUCCGCUGAUAUCUUUGCCAGAUAUGCUCGCACUUGUGGGUAUAAUACUCUGUAUGUUUGUGGUACCGAUGAAUAUGGUACAGCGACUGAGAAUAAGGCACUUGCUGAGGGGUUGACUCCAAAGGAGAUAUGCGAUAAGUACUUCGAGUUACACAAUUCAAUAUAUCGUUGGUUUGGAAUUGGAUUCGAUUAUUUUGGAAGAACUACUACAGCUGAACAAACUGAAGUUGUUCAAGAGGCUUUCCAAGACAUCUACAAAGCUGGCUUCAUUUUAACCGAAAGUGUGGAGCAACUUCUGUGUCAGAAGUGUGAUCGAUUUUUGGCUGAUCGAUUUGUUGAAGGAACAUGUCCUCAUCCUGGUUGUGGCUAUGAAGAUGCUCGUGGUGAUCAAUGUGACAAAUGUGGCAAACUAGUCAAUGCCAUCGAACUAAUCCGUCCGCGCUGUAAGACUUGCAAUACAGCGCCAGUCAUUCGUAGUUCCGAACAGUUGUUUAUCGAUUUGCCCAAAAUCGAACCAAAACUCAAGGAAUGGAUUGAGAAGUCAGACAGUGGUUGGACAAAUAACGCUCGUGUUAUAACCCGCUCAUGGUUGCGAGAAGGUCUCAAACCACGAUGCAUUACACGCGAUUUGAAGUGGGGCAUUCCAGUUCCACUGAAGGGUUUCGAAUCGAAAGUCUUCUAUGUGUGGUUUGAUGCUCCAUAUGGUUAUGUGUCCAUUACUAAACGAUACAGUAAAGAUCAUUACACCGAAUGGUGGCAGCCAGCUGCUGGAGUAAAUGUUGAACUAUUCCAAUUCAUGGCAAAGGAUAAUGUUCCAUUCCACUCGGUUAUGUUCCCAUCAUCUCUUUUGGCCACGAAUAAGGGACAUGUAUUGGCUUCACACAUUAUGGCCACAGAGUAUCUGAACUAUGAGGAUGGCAAGUUCAGCAAGAGUCGUGGUAUUGGAGUGUUUGGCAAUGAUGCUCAAGAAACCGGCAUUCCAGCCGAUGUAUGGCGAUUCUAUUUGGCAUCGGCGAGACCAGAAGGACAAGACUCAAGUUUCAGUUGGAAUGAUUUGGGAGCGAGAAAUAAUUCAGAGUUGCUAAAUAAUUUGGGCAACUUUGUCAAUCGAGCUUUGGUAUUUUGUGAGAAGAAUUACGACUCCACAAUCCCACCGAUGACUUUAACCAAAGACGAACUCAUUCUGUUGGCUUUGGUGAAUCGUGAAGUCAAAGGUUAUGUGCAGUCUUUGGAGAAGGCUCGUCUCAGGGAUGGUAUUCGGCAUAUUCUAUCGAUUUCCAGACACGGAAAUGGAUAUAUGCAAUCCCAACAACCUUGGGUGCUUUUGAAGGGAACUGAUGAUGAAAAAGCCCGAGCGGCUACAAUCAUCGGUUUGUGUUGUAACAUUGCUUGUUUGUUGGCAAGUCUGCUAUUCCCUUACAUGCCAACAACAGCAAGGACUUUGUUUGAUCAACUUAAUACCAAGCAGCCAUUGAUCAAUCCAGAGCAACCAUUGGCUAGCAUUCUGCUUCCAGCUGGUCACAAAAUUGGAAAACCUGCACCUCUGUUUGCCAAAAUCGAACAGGCUCGUAUUGAUGAACUCAAAAAGAAAUACGCUGGUCCUCAAGUUGUGAGUUCGACUUCUGGUGGUGCUCUAUCGGUGGCUGAAUUGGAAAAAGCCAUUGCCGAACAAGGAGACAAGGUACGUGCUCUGAAACAGAGUAAAGCUGAUAAGGCAGUUUGGCAGCCUGAAGUGAAUAUUUUAUUGGAUUUAAAGAAAAAGUUAGAAGCUGCACAAGCUGCUCCUCCAGCAGCAAGCAGUAGUGGUUCCGCGUCGGUUGCUGAACUUGAAAAGGCAAUCGCUGCUCAAGGAGAUGCGGUUCGUGCGUUGAAGCAAAGCAAAGCAGACAAAUCGGUUGUGCAACCACAAGUUAAUAUUCUGUUGGAUUUGAAGAAACAGUUAGCAGCUGCGCAAGCAGCUCAAGCUUCUCCCGCUAAAAGUGCUCCUGCAACCAAUUCGUUAAGUGUAACUGAUAUGGAAAAGGCAGUCAGUGCUCAAGGUGAGAAAGUUCGUGCUCUGAAGCAGAGCAAAGCAGAUAAAUCAGUUUGGCAGCCUGAAGUCAAUAUUCUGUUGGAUCUUAAAAAACAACUUGCCGCUGCUCAGGCUCAAGCACCCGCUGAAACAACUCCAACUGUGACUCCUACUCCCGCAAAUGAUGACAUCAAAAUUAAGGAACUAGAGGAGAAAAUUGCAAAGCAGGGUGAAAAAGUUCGAGAACUAAAAAGUUCAUCUGAUGCUGCCGUUUGGAAGCCUGAAGUUGAAGUUCUCCUCGCUCUCAAGAAAGAACUUUCUGCCAUUACAGGUGUAACAGAAUCACCAGCUUCAGGAAAGAAUAAGAAGAAGAAAUGAUAUCCGGUUAUUGGUUUUAUUUCAACACUUUACGCCCCAAGAUAUUGAGUACUGAUUUUUCUACCUCUUUGUUUUAUUCUCUUCUUUUUUUUUGUUGUUUAAUUCGAUUGCUCCAAUAAUUUAUUUAUUUUUUUUCUUU